AUGAUGGGAGACACGACUCCUAAUGCUCUUGCAGUGAUCAAGCCACAGGGCACAGAUCCCCCUUCUGUCAUAAAUCUCGCUGAGGAGUUUCAGAGGCUUCAGCACGAGUAUGACAAUGUUUGUGGGGAUGAUUUUGAGCAAGCCAUUCAGAGCAAGCUUCUCCAGCAGAGGAAAUCUUUCAUUCACCAUCUAGAGUCCAUGUUCUCUGAAAUCAACGACAAUUCCAAUCGUAAAAUUCGAGAAGCAAACGCCAAGUUUGGUCUCACCUUGCCACUCGAGGAACUGAAGAAGGAAAAUAAACUUGAAAUUUCAUCCGCUCUAGGGAUCACCAUCACUGCAGAUCCAUCCUCUCUUAGCCAACCUACCGAGAGCUCGGAUGACAAAGUCGCCAUUUCGCAACUCCUUGAAGACAACCACUCUCUCCAGAAUAAGCUUGGAGAAUCGAAAAACACCCUCGCCAAACUUGAAGCUGAAAAGAAGCAAGACAAAACAACCAUUGCUAGAGUUGAAAGAAGUCGAAAAAAAGAUUGUACACUACAAAGUGGUCGCGCACUCUUGUUCUCGUGUCCGCGACGGAAUCGCGGAUACCACAAUUCUGCAUGCUGUCACCGCGACGAAGACGGAUUCCAUGAAAUUAAAGGCCGCCCUCCAGCCGACAGAAAGGUGAUUGACGCUCGCAAUCAUGCGUGUCAUCUAGGAGAUAUUGCAACAGAUUUUGCCCUUUUCAUGGUUGAUCCUAAUCGUGCUGGUUGGAACAUUGGAGGUGAGCGCUACAUUGAUUUCACCAAUUCGUAUCGCGUCACCCCACACCAAUGGGGGAAGAUUGUCUCACUUGCCAUGAAAUCUGGCCCCGACCGAGUACUUCUUGAAGUUCUCAACUUACAUAGUACCAUGUAUCGUUGUUACUUCAACACGGAGCACAGCCACAGCCCCGAGAAUGAUGAAGCUUUCAAUGUCCUCUUCGCAAAGUUUUUCGAUAAAUACAAGGGUCUGUUGGCAAGCACAAACUUAUUCCUAUCGGCCAAACGAUACGAAAACCUUUUAAUCUUUGUCAAGCAAGCUGUGAACGAUCGAAGGCAAUGA